ACACUCGACAACCGGUGCACAUCAAUCAAGCUGUAGACGUGGGCGCGCAUGCUGGCCGUCUAGCGGAUCGCCCCCACAACCCCUUGCCCCUAGUCCCAGCCAAAUGUAUGCCGGUCGCGCCACGCAAUUCGCCAAAACCAUCAGCAGCAUGGCCUGCAGCAUACAGAAGCAGCCCUCGCAGCCAGCACCGCCGGCUACCAUGACCAUGGCGACAACUGGCGUAGGCAUGGCUGGAGUCUCUGGAGGCGGCGGUGCCAGUGGUGCCGGCACUGUGCCCUCUACGCCCAAAUCUAACAAGGCAGCCGCACAGCCGCGCGGCUCGCUGCCAACGGAUGUGCAUCAGCCGCCGCUGGAAUUCCAAUGGCCGCCGCCGCUGCCUGUGUCCAGUCACACCAGCAACUUGCGCUUGAACAUGAUGAACCAGGAUCCCAAGGAUCUGCACACGGCACGCGCCAUAAUUGAAGAGCUGCGCUCCAAGGUGCGCUUCCAGACGGAGCACAUUAUGAAGUGGCGCAAGGCCUACGCCAUGCAGGUACAGCAACAUUAUCGCUAUCAGAAGGAGAAAUCGGAUCAGAUGAACUCGCUGACAUCGCAGCUGCUGCUGCUGGAGUCGCGGCUGAAACGCAAGCAGAAGCAGAUCGCGAGCCUGUUGAGCCAUCGCGAGCUGACCAUACAGCGACAGCAGAAGAUUAUUGAUACGCUGUCGACGCGUUUGGUGGAUCAUGGACUGGAGAGCAUUGAGGCGAGCUACGCCAAUGAGCUGGACUCUCUGAACGACUCCGACUCGGCGGUGGUGCUGGAGGACAUUGACUCGGACAGCAACAUGACGCUGGGCACGCGCCGCAGGAGCAGUGGUGGCGGCGGGUUGGGCGGUGUUCUGGGCAGCGAUGGCAUCACCAUUGUGCGCUCCAUAUCGGAUGCCAUUGAGACGAAUCUGAAUAAGUAUGGCGCCGCCAGGCGCAACAAUUGCUAUCUGCGUCGACCGGAAAUACUGGAGACUGUGUACUCCGUGGAGGAGGAUCCGGAGCCCACCACAGAUGUGGCCGAGAAGCGGGACAAGUUCAAGAAUCGAUCGGACAAGGCGCUCAGCUCUAGCUCCACCGAGGGACAAAUUGAUGCAACGGCGCCCGCCUCAUCGGGCACGCCCAGUGCGCCGGAGAAAGCCAAAGACACGUGUAUGGCAACGGCCAUGGCCGUGCCGCGUCGCCAGUUGGGCGCACUGAAACGCUCGCCCAGCCACGACGCGCCAUGCACCACGCUGAGCGUGAAGGUGCCCCAGCUGCAGCCGCCCCCAUCCGCGGAUCAGCACAACGGCAAAUCACAGGUGACCACCUAUAAUCGGGUCAUGUCCAAUCAUCGUUCCGUGACCAAGCCGAAGGAUGUCAAGUACAAGCGCAUCAACAAGGCCAAGUCCAAGAGUCUCGAGGAGCUGCGUGGCCGGCUCAAGAAUCUGGUGGAGCGACCUGGUCUCGAUGCCGGAUACACAGCCGGCAUGAUGCCGCAGACGGCCCAAUCGUAUGCGUGACACACGCCGCCGCCAGGCGACGCCGAGCAGCUCGCCGAGAUGCCGCCCACGCCGCCAGAGGAAACCGCAGCUCCAGCCGCCAAGGCAAGUUUGUCCGCCGGACACACGCCCGACCAGGCGACGCCGCAGCGGCACAGCUGUCCCAAGCGUUCGUUGACGCUGCCUCGCAUCCUUGUGCCGCAGUCGAUGCAAGGUGCAUCGCAUUCCGGCAGUGGAAGCGGUGGCGGAGGCGGUGGCGGAGGUGGGGGCGGGGGAGGCACUGGGCGUGGCGGUUUCUAGCAAUUAAAGAAAUUUUUCAUACGCAAUUGUGAUAAAAAGUAGAAUUGUUCUCUUGCAUCUCUCUCGCUCACUCGCUCUCUCGCUCUUACUUACACUGGUGCACUCAGAGAAAAACUACAGAAUCUUUGUCUUAAGAACUUAUUUUUAAUCCCAAAAGCAGUACAUUAUCAAGAGCAUUGUAUGCUUCCAUCCAGAAAGUUUUUAAACAAACAAAAAUCACAUGAAAUAUCAAGCACAAAACGGUAAGAACUCUAUUCCGCUUAUUCUUGAGUUUACCACAAUGUUUUUCUCUGAGUGUAGUCUCUUUUGUAACAUUUGUUUCCUUCGCUGUUUGUCUGAGCCCAGACACGGCAUUCAAUUUAAUUUAGUUCUAUGUUAACGUUUAUGUUAAAGUGACUCUUAUACUAUAUAAUUUCACAUGAAUAAAUACAUUACAAAGCAUACACAAUUUCACUGUUUAUUAUUUAUUUAUGACACUUGCUCCACAAAAAGCGUAUGAGAAAUUUCCACUUAAUAUGAUAAAAAUGUAGUUGAACUACAAAUCGAAAAAGGGUCUGUGACACGUUUGCGUUUUUUCGAGGACAAUAUGAGAAGCCGACAAGUUGAAAGUGAGUGUAUUCGGAGGUGGGUAUUCAAACAUACUUAAGCAUAAUGAAAGGUAUCUGGGUGAAAUAAUUAAGUAGGCUAGAAAAUUUACAUAUAUUUAAUAUGGCUUCACUUGUACAUAAAUUGGCCACAGCCAGCCGUUGCUGUCAUAAUUUCUUCAA